AUCUUAAUAACAAAAAAACCUGAUUUAAGUGAUCCUAUAUUACGAGCUAAAUUAGCAAAAGGUAUGGGACAUAAUUAUUAUGGUGAGCCUGCUUGGCCGAACGAUCUUUUAUAUAUUUUUCCAGUAGUUAUUUUAGGCACUAUUGCGUGUACUGUUGGUUUAGCUGUUUUAGAACCUUCAAUGAUUGGUGAACCUGCUAAUCCUUUUGCAACUCCUUUAGAAAUUUUACCAGAAUGGUAUUUUUUUCCAGUUUUUCAAAUACUUCGUACGGUACCUAAUAAACUUUUAGGUGUACUUUUAAUGGAGGCUGUUUUUCCGUACAAGUUGGAAUUGGUUCAAUUAGUUUUUGUACCGCAGGAAAAAAAACUAUUUUAGGUAAAUCAGUUUAUUUUUGAAAGCAUCGGUUUUUGGCCUUUUUUUGUC